AUGCCGCCGAGCCGCCCAGUAGCCGAGCCGCCCAGCAGCCGAGCCGCCGAGCCGCCAAGCCGCCCUACUAUCGAGCCGCUACUGUUCCUACCGGUGCUCCCCGGCCCUCCUUCCUCGGACUACGGACUCUCUCUGCUCGAUCUCACCUCUGGUGUCUCUCCUGCCCCGCCUGCUACUACUAACAGCACUGUUCGCUCACAGUGGGCCACACGCGAUGCUGCUGCUCGCCUUGCUGUGCGCCGCCACUUACCCACCAUUGAGCGUGCACACUUUAGCCAGUACAAGAGUGCUCAGACCUUGUACGACGCUGUAGUUGCACGCUACUCUUCCCCUGCCACUGCUGCACUGAGCCGCCUUAUGCUACCGUACCUCAUCCCUGACCUUGCUGCCUUUCCCACUAUCGCUGACCUCAUUACGCACCUCCGCACUAGUGACACUCGCUACCGCGCUGCGCUUCCUGCUGAGUUAUACGCCAAGAACCCAACCCCCCCCCCCAUGUACAUCACCCUCUACUACAUAGUCACCCGGCUCCCUGACUCUCUCCGCAUAGUCAGGGACCACUUCCUCUCAGUUUGCCCCACCACUCUCACCGUUGACCUCCUUGAGAAGGACCUCCUAGCAGCAAAGAAGAGCAUAGUCACUGUAGGAGCCUCUCGUGGUGACCCUUGCACCUCCGUCUUUGAGGGGUGUUCCCCCUCCCCCCUCUUGCCCUCUGUUGCUUCUGCUGCUGCGGCCGACCUCGUUGGUUUCGAGUCGGUAGGCGUUGCGUCUGCCCCUAGCGGGAGACGCCGCACCGGCAAGGGCAAGGGGGGCAAGGGCGCUGGAGGGGCUGGCGGGGGCGGUGGAGGUGGUGGUGGAGGCAGUGGAGGGGGUGGGGGUGGUGGUGGGAGUGGUGGCGGGGGUGGCGGCGGCGGCGGCAGUAGUGGAGGCGGAGGAGGCGGCGGUGGUGGCGGAGGGAGCGGAGGCGGCGGAGGUGGCAGAGGAGGCGGCGGAGGCGGUGGCGGCGGCGGUUGCGAUGGUGGAGCGGGUCGCGACUCUUCGCAGAGGAGUGGCUCAAGUGGUGGUCCGCGCCAGCAGCAGCGGAGAGGUGUGUCCCUGUCCCCUCAGCAGCUUCGUGGCUGGUACGCUGCGCGUCAGCACGGUGCGGGUACUGGUCCCUGCACUUACGUCCUCCGUACCGGCGACCGAGCUGGUGAGCAGUCCAGGGGCCCGCACUACACCCAGCGCUGCUUCGGCCGCCUGACAGACGUGUGGCGUUGCCAGUUCCCUAAGGCUGUUGAGGGUGACUAUUACCUGUGUGUACCGCCUGACCCAGGCAUUGAGGCCACUGCUCUAGGUGCUGUUGAGGCUACUGCUCUAGGUGUUGGUGAGGCUGCUGCUCUAGGUGCUAGUGCGUCUGCUGCCCCAAGUGCUAGUGCGUCUGCUGCCCCAGGUGCUGGUGAGUCUGCUCUCUCAGACCGCACCACUCUUACGCCGCUCAGUCGGCCGGUUGCAGUCUCCCUUGCAGACCCCUCUGGGGGUCCUGUGCUUGCUAGCUUCUCCAUUGUCUUACCGUGCCCCGCAGCCCUCUCUCGCACCGUGUUAGGUCUCUACCUCCCCUCGUUCUCUACGAAUUUGGUGAGUGGAGCGGACCUACAGGAUAGGGGGGUUGACCAGUUCACUCCUGCGAGUCAGCGAGUGACCCACAGCACGUGUGCUCGUACAGGCCGACACUUGGCCACGUUCACCCGUCGGCCAGGGUCGAGCCAGUACACCCUUACUACUGAGUCUCCUGCGGCUGCUGAGUCUGCCCAGGUAGCUGCAUCAAGUCAGGUGUUUGCUGCAGCGUCCACGUCUAGUCCUAGGUCUGCUCCUUGCUCGUGUUGA